GCUGGUCAGUUUCCAAGGUCUGUGGGAGGAUACCCAUCGCUCACUGGGUCCUGAGUGCUAGCGGGCCAGGCUUUACUACAGAACAGAUUACCUCAUCCACCACCUUUGUUCAUGGCUCAAUGGAGUGUGUGACGUCCCUGGCAGGCUUCCAAAUAGGGGCUAGCUGUCCCAUCUGUCUGGACUACUUGAAAGACCCGUGUGGGCAUAACUUCUGUCUCUCUUGAGUCAGUCUGUCCUGGAAGGAUCUAAAUGAGACUUUACCCUGUCCAUUUUGCCAUUAUUGUUCUCCAGGAAGGAAAUUCAUAAGCAAUCCCCAGCUGGGCCAUUUGAUGGAAAUCGCUAAGCUACUAUAAAGAAGAAGAAGCCAGAGGAAGAAGAAGGAAGAGAAGCUCAUACUGAAAAAGCAUAAUUAAGUGUCGGCCUUCUUCUGUCAGAAGGACCGGAAAGUUUGUCCACAGUGUAGUUUCUCCACUGAUCACUGGAAUCACUGCAUUUGACCCAGAGAGAAGGCUGUUCCCCAUCACAGGAAAAGAUUGGAGAAUUGCACUGAACCAUGGAAGGAGAGAGUGGAACAAGUAGAAAAGGGGAUAACUGUGCAAACCAGAAAAUCAUUGGAACUGAAGAAGAAAUAG